AGAAAAAGAAAAGGUGCUGGAGGGUGUGUGUCUGUGUGUGUGUGUGUGUGUGUGUGUGUGUGUGUUCAAGGCUUUAAAGAGAAAUUCCUCAGAAGAAAAGAGACUCAGACUACCUAGGAAGAAAUGAAUGAUGUAGACCAAAAUAGAGGCACAGAAGUGGGAUGGGAAGGCAUCUGUAGGGUGGAAUAGGAGACUGGAGUCAACCAAUAUAGACAGAUUCCAGACCUGACCAUACCAUUUAUCAGCUUGGGACUUAGUUUCUGAGCGGACCUUUGUGAAAAUCAAUCUAACAAACUAACUCUUGAAAAACUCCAGCACAGUUCUUGACAAGCGCUUAAUAAGUCUUUGCUGUGGUUUUUGUAUUACCUAAGAAGAGGAUAGACCCCUGACUUUGUGGGUUGGUGUACAGCUAAGAUGACCCUGUAGGGACACAGGACAGAGGUCCAGUGGCUUCCAGAGCCCAUUCCUCCUCUGCCUCUUGCAGCUGAUAAACCUUUUAUCUGGCCCAGGCAGGGGAGCCCAGGGCCGGGAUAGGAGGAGAAGGCAGGGUGGCUAUCAGUCACCAGGCCUGGGCCAUAUCUCUGGGAGGGGGAGGGGCCAUCUACUUGGCACUUCCCAUAACAUACUCCUUGGGGAUCCCCAAGCACUCAUUCUCAUCUUGGGAAGAAAAGGCGAGAGACCCUAAAACUGAGGACAGAGGUGAUCCCUGAUGUUGCCCCAGAGAACAAGAACAAAACAAAACAGAACAAAACAAAAAGAAGAUCUGCCUUCUGCUCCUGCCCAGGCAUACAGUUUUGGGGAAUAAGAAGUAUGAGAAAGAGAAAACAUCUUGCCUGAGACAAAAGCAAAGAUCUACUGUGCUCCCAAAGGAACUGACUAUAGCCAUAGCAGAUAGGAGGUGGAGGUCACACCACAGAAAAAGACCUCCCAGCUUCAGGAGUUGACUGGGUUGCUGGGACCAUUUGGGCUUUGGGGGAACCUGGACCAGGCCCUGGCCCAGUAGGAUGCCCCCUUGUCCUCCCCAGCAGAACAGGAACCGGGUGACACAGCUGCCCACUCUGGAGCAGGGUGAGAUGGAACUGACUUGGCAAGAGAUCAUGUCCAUUACUGAGCUGCAGGGCCUAAAUGCAACCAGUGAGCCAUCAUUUGAACCCCCAGCCCCAUCCCCAUACCCUGGGCCUCCACUGCCCCCAACUUACUGCCCCUGCUCAAUUCACCCAGAUUCUGCCUUCCCCCUUCCUCCUCCAUCCUACGAGCUCCCAGCAUCCACAUCCCAUGUCCCAGACUCCCCAUACUCCUAUGGCAACAUGGGCAUAUCAGUCUCCAAGCCACUGACCCUCUCAGGCCUGCUCAGUGAGCCCCUCCCAGAUCCCUUGGCCCUCCUGGACAUUGGGCUGACAGCGGGCCCACCCAAGCCCCAAGAAGACCCAGAGUCAGACUCAGGUUUAUCCCUCAACUAUAGUGAUGGUGAAUCUCUUGAGUUGGAGGGAACAGAGGCUGGACGGCAGUGCAGCGAGUAUGUGGAGAUGUACCCAGUAGAGUAUCCCUACUCACUUAUGUCCAAUUCCUUGGCCCACCCCAACUACUCCUUGCCGCCUGCCGAGACCCCCUUGACCUUAGAGCCCUCCUCUGUCCCUGUGCGGGCCAAGCCCACAACACGGGGGGAGGCAGGGAGUCGAGAUGAGCGCCGGGCCCUGGCCAUGAAGAUCCCCUUCCCCACGGACAAGAUUGUCAACUUGCCAGUAGAUGACUUUAAUGAGCUGUUGGCACGGUACCCAUUGACGGAGAGCCAGCUGGCAUUAGUCCGGGACAUUCGACGGCGGGGCAAGAACAAGGUGGCUGCCCAGAACUGCCGCAAGAGAAAGCUGGAAACCAUUGUGCAGCUAGAGCGGGAGUUGGCACGGUUGGGCAGCGAGCGGGAGCGGCUUCUCCAGGCUCGCGGGGAGGCAGACCGGACCCUGGAGGCCAUGCGCCAACAGCUGACUGAGCUGUACCUUGACAUUUUCCAACACCUGCGGGAUGAAGCAGGCAACAGCUACUCUCCUGAGGAGUAUGUGCUGCAACAGGCUGCCGAUGGGGCCAUCUUCCUGGUGCCCCGGGGGACUAAGAUGGAGGCCACAGACUGAGCUGGCCCAGAGGGGUGGGACUGGUGAAAAGAAUUUCAUUAAUUCCCUUCUGAUAAAAGAUACUCCCUAACCCUGACCCCCAAAGGGGUAAACAAUGACAUUUUGAGGCACCAGGGUGUGUUCAGUGAGGCUUGCCUUAAGGUGGGUAUGAGGGGAGAGCUGGAAUCUCUCUUCUGUGACUCAGCUUCCCAGGUCUUCAAUCUCCAAGACUUGUCUAAACUUUGGUCUAUAAAGCACUCUACAGAAA